AUGGCAGCUACCUACACCUCCGUGGACUUGGCCCAGCACACCCAGCUCCCCGGAAGCUUGAGUGGGUUUAAGCGCGAGGAUGAACCCGUGACUCCUAUCCAUAACGACCGCCACACCAAGCGCCCCUACUACGGCAAGUGCCAGUACAAGACCGGCAAGUGCUUCAACGAACGCACUCUCAAGCGCAACGGUGAACCGCACUCGCUGUGCGAGGAGCACCGCAUCAAGCAGAACUUGAUCCAGCGCCGCAGCGACCGCAAGUACCAGACGGUGCACGCCAUUCGCCGUCGCGAACGAUCUCAGCGUCGGAAAAAGCAAGUUUCUACGACAAUGGCCCAGCAGCUCUUUUAUGAGCACCAUCAGCAGAAGGCGCUGAGUACCCCGGUGCCUCAACAUCACCCUAUUAAUUUGCCGACAGUCAACGAGAAUUGCGCUACUGCGACUCCGAAUGUGUGUGAAAUCGUGGGCCUGGUCCAAACCAUUCAAGUCCCGCAGCCACCUUCAGCUUUUGAGCUUAACGAUUACUUUGGCGUGAGCUCUCAACUAAUGACGUUGUACCAGCCACAUGGUGAUUGCGUGGAAAUGACGGGAGCAACCUGGGGUUCUAUGCUGGAUGAAUCUAGCCCCACCAGUGUUGAUAAUGCCACGCUGAUCUCGCCCCUGGACAUUCCUUCUUGCCCAGACUUCCCUUUCAUGCCCAUAGCGCCGUGGUCGGGUAAAGAGCAGGCCUGGAGCAAUGACGACAUCGAAUUUCUGUGGGCACUUCUGCUGGCCUAA